AUGGCACGUUUACCACACUCAAAUAUUGCCGUUAUUGUGUCUGUUUUAAUGGCCCUGUGCACACAUUUCGCAUAUUGUAAUAACGGUAGAAGGGUGAGUAAUAAACUGUGUUAACUUCACGAUGAAUCGACAGCGGUGCGGCUAAAACUGCCCCCGUUUUAGCUCCGCGUUAGCAUUGACCUGCUGAACGCUAACUAGCUUUUAUCUGUGUUGACAGGCCGACGAUGCCUUGGAUGCGGAAUUCAGUGGUUUCUCUGUGCCUCUGGAUCAUUCCUUUGAAGUCGGUGAGAAAAGCUCUUGGUUGAAAACACUGUAUUCACAACAUAUGAUUGUGUUAUUGUUGAGCUAACGAGGUAGCUCCAAGAGAUGACGAUUGAAUGGAGAACCAUGCAAUCCAAACCUCAUUCACAAAUCUGUUAGUUUAAUUUAGUAAUCAAAUAUCUAUGAACUUGUCUGUCCUAUUCAAAGAAGGACAAGUUCCUGUAAAGUGUAAGCAUUUGGUAAGUCGCUCGGCAUGUGUAAUAAAAGCAGUGUCAUAAUUUUAUAUUAAGUUCGACCGAGUUACGCAGAGAUUUAGCUGACCUGUCUUGUAUUCACACAAGAGGUAGAUCAAAUUAUGAGCUUUACGAGUAUUUUUGGGAUUAUGCGAUUAGAUUUAGGAACUUGACCGUUUUUUAUGUCAGAAGCAGUGAUCUACAGUAUCUAGUCCUUGAGCCAAGAACCAAAAUUUCACAUAUCGGUACCACCUGGGUGGGCAAAUUCUAGUUGUGAUUUCUCUAUUGCUAUACAUCCCUACAAUAAGUUUUUAUAUGAUAGACCUUGGUAACUGGUAGCUUUAUUGUAGUUAUCACUCAUUGAAGUAAUAGAGUGCAGCUGUUCAAAAACGAAAAAUCGCCUUCCUUCAAAAUCAGCUUUCUUUCAUUUUAACCUCUCAUUUAGGUGUGUUUGAACUAUUGGCUAGCCAUAGAGACUUGUAUUAACCCCCUAAGUAGUAUUUCAAGUAAUUUAUCUAAUACAUGUGUGUGUAUAUAUAAGCUUCAAUUAGCCAAUUGUCAGGUCUAAAUCAAGGUCUAAAUUAAGGAUAUUUUUUGACUUAGAAGUAGAAGUAAAAUAAAUGCAGACUAAUAGCAUUAUUAUAACACAACUUUAAUAUGACACUGACAUAUUUUAAAUGCAGGCACUCAAUAUACAAUCAUCCUGGCUGGUGCAGGGCAAGAAGACAUUAGCAACAAAAUACGAUCUACUGAUGUAUACACUCUAUACAAUCAUCUGAGAAAAACUCAAAUUCCUAUUCAAAGUCCUAUUCUUUCCAUAAGGAACAGUGACAGCAAAUAUGACAUAGUACAUAAUACUUAGUACAUAAUACUGUCACUGAGUCACAGUGGGUCUGUUAACAUAGCUCCCUUUGGUCAUUGUUUAUUAAUCAACAUCAGUAAUCGACAUCAGUAUCUGUAUCUUCUUCUACAUCUGAGUCUGCCGGGUGUGCAAGGGGCUCUUCCUCACUGUAUUGGUUGGCACAAGUUUGUAAUUUGCACAGGUUUGUGCGCUUCAGCCCAUUGCUGAGACAGGUGCAGUCUGGUGGUUUGCAUGUCCUCACACACUUGCAGGAUAGCAACUGCAAGACUGCAUCUGGUGCUGGGGAACCAUGCAUCCACUGUAUUUCCAGCUGCCCUUCGUCAUUUAUGGUCCACCCAUGGUCCUUGGGGCUUGGUACAGAUGGCUUGGUAUGAAGAGACCGUCUCCAGAUAGCAGCCUGGUAGUUGGCACGAAUCUGUUGCAUUAAUAGGCAAUCCUGACAUGGUGGAAGCUGGCUGGACUCAACUUUAGCCAAGGUCCUGCAUGAAGGUGGUGAUAGUGAAAAGACUGAUGUUGUCUUUGACGUUUACAAGGACAUGUCAAUCAAAAAUUCAGAAAGACUAAACAGAGGUGCAGACAUGGGGAUCCAGCUCAGAAACAUUGUUUCUGGCCACAAUAUUCAGCAGUGGAGGAAACUUCUCUGCAGCCCUGCCAACAAAGCCAGUCUCAUCAAGUUCUUGGUGGAGGAAUGGAGUUUUUCUCAGAUGAUUGUAUAGAGUGUAUACAUCAGUAGAUCUUAUUUUGUUGCUAAUGUCUUCUUGCCCUGCACCAGCCAGGAUGAUUGUAUAUUGAGUUCCUGCAUUGAAAAUAUGUCAGUGUCAUAUUAAAGUUGUGUUAUGAUAAUGCUAUUAGUCUGCAUUUACUUUACUUCUUCGGUCUUGCAGUUGCUAUCCUGCAAGUGUGUGAGGACAUGCAAACCACCAGACUGCACCUGUCUCAGCAAUGGGCUGAAGUGCACAAACCUGUGCAAAUUACAAACUUGUGCCAACCAGUACAGUGAGGAAGAGCCCCUUGCACACCGGCAGAUUCAGAUGUAGAAGAAGAUACAGAUACUGAUGUCGAUUACUGAUGUUGAUUAAUAAGUGAUGACCAAAGGGAGCUAUGUUAACAGACCCACUGUGACUCAGUGACAGUAUUACGUACUAAGCCAAAACUUGACAGUCAUAUUUGCUGUCACUGUUCCUUAUGGAAAGAAUAGGACUUUGAAUAGGAAUUGGAGUUUUUCUCAGAUGAUUGUAUAGAGUGUAUACAUCAGAAGAUCUUAUUUUGUUGCUAAUGUCUUCUUGCCCUGCACCAGCCAGGAUGAUUGUAUAUUGAGUGCCUGCAUUUAAAAUAUGUCAGUGUCAUAUUGAAGUUGUGUUAUUAUAAUGCUAUUAGUCUGCAUUUACUUUACUUUACUUCUAAGUAAAAAAUGUAGACCUGACAAUUGGCUAAUUGAAGCUUAUAUAUACACACCUGUAUUAGAUAAAUUACUUGAAAUACUACUUAGGGGGUUAAUACAAGUCUCUAUGGCUAGCCAAUAGUUCAAACACACCUAAAUGAGAGGUUAAAAUGAAAGAAAGCUAAUUUUGAAGGAAGGCGAUUUUUCGUUUUUGAACAGCUGCACUCUAUUACUUUAAUGAGUGAUAACUACAAUAAAGCUACCAGUUACCAAGGUCUAUCAUAUAAAAACUUAUUGUAGGGAUGUAUAGCAAUAAAAAAAUCACAACUAGGAUUUGCCCACCCAGGUGGUACCGAUAUGUGAAAUUUUGGUUCUUGGCUCAAGUGCUAUGAUACCUGAAAGAACUGCUCCACCAUCAAAUUGGGCCACUCCCACUUCAUCAACUCAUUUAAUUAGACACAGGUUUGAUUCAUUUAUAGAAAAGAGCAGUGUGACCCAAAAAGAGAAUGACUUUUAAUGUGCUUUUGACUUUCUGUGUUGCUUUUGGAGUUAACAAAAAUUCGCCUAUUGAGGAAAAUAACAAAAUGAGAAAAAAUAUAAAAAGCUACCCCUAUGUAAAGUCUAUCAUAUUUUAAUUUACAUAUAUUGACCCUAAAAACAAUUUAGUAUAUGUAAGGUUUUGCCCACCCAAGUGGUACCGACAUCUGGUCUGGCUCAUGGACUAAUCAUUCUGCACAUUGCAAAAGAUUAAUGGUUCAACAGUAGUCAUUACCGGAUUAAAAUUUGAGAUGCUGUUAUUAACAAUACGAAAAGGUGGGGUUGAUCUAAAAAUAAUGUGGAUAAUUUAGAAAUUUGAUUAAUCGGCCUAAUUUAAAUGGUCUACCUUUAGUUUACAUAACUGUCUUCCUCUUGCUUACUGUUUUUUUUUUUCUGCUUGUUUCAGAUGAUGUAGCAAAGUUUCGGGUACGUGGAGCCCUGCUGUUGAAAGCUGGCAGAGAGCCCAGUGUUUCACUUAGUCAGAACCAGCUAUCUGAAGAAGACCGGAUCAAACUAAAGGUAGAACAUGGUGAUGUGAAAGCAACUGUGGACAUAGAUGAGCUUUUUUUGCUUUAUUUUUGAACAGUACAUUUAGGUCUCUUGUAUAUACAUUAUGCUUAUGCACAACCACAGACAAAACUGCAGAAAAGUUGAUCACUUGUGCGGGAAUUUGGGGUGAGGUUACCAAGGCAUUACCCUGCAUCUCUUACAUGUUUGUUUUUAAUGACCCUACAGGAAGUGGCUGCAGUGGAUGGUCUGUACAGAAUCAGAGUGCCUCGUGUUUUCCUGCAGGCUGAUCGGCAGACAGAGCGCCAGAUGGAAGGUUACCUCACCGCAUUUGUUAGAGCUGUAUGUAUGAAACUUCUCUGUACUAGUGGUGUGGUGCGCUAGCUCUGUUUGAGUUCGGUUUUCAUUUGGAGAGCAAAGUCUACAUGAAACCAUAUGUUGAAGCUAAUGUGUAAUUCAAGCUCUGUCAUUGUUAAGUUACCUUAAAGAGAAAGCAGGGGUAAAGUAAUAAGAUCUAAGUAAUCCAGUCCUAGAUCUAAGUAGAUAUGGAUAUAAUAGUAACAAGUGAAUAAGAACAUUUUUUUUUUUUUUUUUGUGGUUUCGAACUUGAGGUUUAAGUCAGUGGUUGACAGCAAGAUGAACUUUACUGAAAGGUGUCAAAUUUUGCAAUGAUUUCAGGUUUGUUAAUAAACUAAAGGCUUUUAGCUAAUUGGUGCUAGCUUCUAUGUUUUCAUAAGCUAAUGAGAAGUAGAUGGUUUUACAGGAAGCGCAGCAUCUGCAGCAUGUCCUGAAACAAUAUUCAAUAUUACAUGCAAAUGUAUAUUGCUCAAAAUGGUCCUCUUAAAGGGGACCUGCCAUCAAAAUUUCAUACCCAUUUUUAUCAUUUUUUCAUAAUCCUUGAUGUCCUCUGAUCAUGUUUGCAACAUAAUUUUAGCUGAAAAGUUAUUUGAUGGUUUGUUUUAGUAUGCCUAAAAAACCUUACAGGAAAACCAACUGAUUAUGGCUCAUUAACAUUUAUGGUAAUGAGCUUUGCUCUGAUUGGAUCGUUGCUGUGAAGCCUGCUGUGCUCUGAUUGGCUCAGCAGUGGAGGUUUGGAUUUCGGUUUAUCCAUUUUGCUAAUGUGUGCUAAAGUAAGAUGCCCAGAUGUCUGUAAUGAUAUCCGGGGAUAUUUGGUGUGGCGGCGGCAGCGGCAGGCAGGGUGCAGGGGCUGUGUGAUCACAGACAAAAUCUUGGUACUAUUUAGUAGCAGCGUAUGGCCCUUGGAAUAACCCCCGUAAGAACUGUUGUUCAGGACUGCUUACUUGUGCUUCCUACCCAUUCGGCUACUGUAAUAACCGUUGUUUGAGCCCACACGCAACAUUUUUGCUCUCAUUCAUGAAACGCUUAAAUCGGGGACAGCUUUUGCCGGGAAGAGCUUUUGCCGGGGACAGAUCAUCCAAUUCGAGGACUGUCCCCGGAAAUCGGGGACGUCUGGUCACCUUAUACUAAAGGCUAAAAAUGGCAGGUAUAAACCAUAUAUUUUAGACCCCGAGUCCGAAGAGGAGGUGGAAGUUGAAGAAGAAGCCGGAGAUCUCCAGCGGUGUUUUCAUUCAUUCUGCCCAGCUUUAAGUUCAUUUUCCGGCAGUGAAGCUAAGGAAACACCGGUCGUUUGGAAGAGACCCAUAGCAGAUACAGUGGUAGCUGGGUCUCGCUCUGGCUGGAGAGUGAUGUUGACUGUGAAUGAGUACGAGAACGAGAGAGUGGGCGCGGCUCACCGAGGACGCGCUCGUGAAUAAUAAUGAGCAAGGUCAGCGUGACGUCAGAAGGACCUGCUUUUUCAAUUGGCCUGGUUUACCCGUUCCUUUAUUUUAAACCUUUACAGAAUGCAAACGACGUAACGGUUUGUUUUCACAUUUACAACAUAAGACGAACAUAAUAUGGACCUUAUCUGACACAAAAAACACACAAAAUUACAUUUUUGAUGGCAGGUCCCCUUUAAACCAAAGUUAAACAAUAAGUUUAAUGUAAAACUUAAGCGUGUCCACUCAGGAACUCCAUUUUAAAUGGCCUGGAUCUGAAUUACACAUGUCCUCUAUUGUAAAUAAAGAAUACCUAGAAGUAUUACUCAUUCAGAUAUUUGUUAGUGUAAAUAAAUGAAGGUAGAGCCCCAACAUGAACUGAAUUCUUCACUGUCAACAACUAUAAUUGAUAGUUCAUAAAUGACAUUCUCAGUUGCACCCAUUUUUUUCACAUUUGACUACCCUUCACUAUUUAAUACCAAAAAUCAUGCAUUUAUUCAUAGGAAACAGGGUGUUAAUGCAAAUUAUAAUCCUGACAGGGUGAGACGAGGGCUUUGCAGAUGACACACAUUCAAACACAAAAUAAUUGGGCAAAUAUCACAUCCUUUAACAUUGUUGCUUCCGUCACCUCUGUAAAUGGUUUAUGGUACUUUGUAGUGAUUAGUGGUUUAAAAAUAUUCAAACAGGCUCUGCUGCUGUUGCGGAGAUUACAGGACAGGAUCUUGCUCCACCUUUACCUACCAGCCUGGGUCGGGCUGCUCCUCAGGCUGCCCCUGCAUCUUUGCCCACAAACUGUCAUUAUUGCAUGACUCCCAAGAACAGCUUGAGAGGGAAAACAAUAUUUUAGUCAUAAUCUUUACCUUUUUCAAAUGCUAAUGGAUACUACUGUCUUUAUUUUGACUUUACUGCAUAUCACUACACUUAAAUAAGAGCAGCUGUAAUGAACUUACGGCAUCAUUAAAGAACUUAUGAUGCCGAUUUUGAGGUACUUUAUCCCUCUCUGUUCCUCAGUGCGCCAUGAUUGAGUCUCAUCUUAGCGACGUCAUCACCCUCCACACUGAUGUCUCUGGGUACCUUAUCGGCAUCUCCAUAGUAACAUUACCUGGAGCCUGCAGGGGCACCGAGGUGGAGGAUGAAGUCGAUCUGGAGGUUUUCAACACCACCCUCAGCAUCAUGGCUCCCGUCACUGCACCAGGGUCAGUGCUUCACUUGAUGAACUCAAUCUGGUUCAUUGUUUCCAUCCAUCUGUCGUUUCCUGCUGUAGUAAAAUCCUCUUGGGUUGCUUUUUAAGAUUUUUAUGAUUCAGUUAUAUCUAUCUUUGUAAAGCAGCUUUACAUCCAUUUUCAGGUAGAACAAGUCUCUCUGUCAUUUGAUUACAACGCUCUUUUGGGAUUUUCUUUGAAAACUAAUUGCCAGCUUUCUUUUAGACCUGAGACAGCGCUUUUCCUUGAACGAAUGGAACAAGAAACUGAAAAGAAAGGGAAGAAUCCACAAGAGCAGAAAUCUUUCUUCGCUAAAUAUGUGAGUACUCUCGCUGAAAACUGGAAACUGCUGAUGGGGCUUGGCUGUGCCUAUAGAUAUUCUUCUGCCUUUGGUAAUUGUGCUCUGAUCUCUAAUGGCUCAUGUAGUUCAUAAAUGCAUAAAAAUGCUUAUUAGGUUCAUCAAUUUUUUAGCUUAAUCAGAACCACUAACUUUUCACACACAACUUGCCUGCAGGAUUUGCUAAAAAUAUUCUAAAGAGCAUUUCAGUACUGUUACCAAAGUCUGCUAAAAAGCCAAAGUGGUUGCAUGUUUUUCUUUGAUCUCGGUUGGAGUCAGUAAUUUAUUCUAUCUGAAGGUGGAAUUUCACACCUGAAGUUCAGUUUGUUAGGAUCAGAGUAAGGAAAAGAAGAUGCCCCCUUUAUUUUUUUUGUCCUUAAAACAAACAACCUGAGGGUUGAAACUUAAAAUCAUACAACUUUAACUCACUGUUCAGCAUGUUUUGAUAUUUGGCAUCAUAAGCAUGAAACUUUCCACAACAAGUGGACAUAAUCAGAGCAAAAAGGCUCCACAAAUCUCUUGUCCCAGCCUUGUCUUUGUAUCUGGUACAUAAGAAAAUACCUCCUGUUACAUAUUGAGAUGCUACAUAACUUGUUUGAAUUCUGAGAGACUUGCAAUCAUGAUGACAGAUGGAUUUCUUUAUCAUUGGCAAGAGCAUCCUUAUCUUACCACUAUUUGAUACUCUGCCUCCACAUUCCCAGACACAAAAAAAGUACAAAUAUAAAAAAGGAUUUGUCCAAGCCAGUCUAUUCAAAAGUGUUGGAAAGAUUUGAACUUUUUUUUAAAGAGUGAAAAAAGAGGACUACCAGGGAUACACACCAAAGGACUGACUUCAUUACAUUUACUUCUGAAGUUUGAAGGUCUUCUUGGUCAUUGGUUCCUGACUGUUUUUACAACAACAACAAGCAAAAGGUGCAAAAGAUCUGUCGCUUCUCCAUGGUUACCAGAUUGUGAAGAUCAGUACCUCCUGAAACAUCAGUUCAACAUGUCUUACAAACAUGUUCCAGUUUGCUACUCUGGCAAUCUUCCCUGGAUUCAGUGUAUUUCUCAGCAGAGGAAUAUACCAACUUACUAAAACAGCAUUACAUAGCUACACAGUCUAUGUUAUGGCACUCACUGCAGUAAUAGACUGGAGUUUCUGAGGGUUUUUUUUUCUGCUGGUUCAUUUAAAAUUUCAUCACGUCCUCCUAGGUUGCGCCAUCAUCUUUACAGCCGUGCUUCUGUUUGAUUUGAAACUAAAACCUCAACUCGUCGUGUCAGACAAUUCAAUCAACAGUACGGCUGGUUGAUUAAUGAAGAUGUAAUUGGAGUUUUUAGCUGAUCGUUUUCAUAGAGUACAGAUUUUCUUUCUGGCUUUGACCACUGCUCUCUUUGAGCUCCUGUUCAAAGCAUCUAGAGGCAGCAACACAGCAAAUCUUUGUCAUCAUCUCUAACAGGGGUGUGUGGGAGAAAUGUGUCAAAUGUGAGAGACGCACAAGACUGCUUGAGCUCCCAAAUGCCUGCUGAAUGGCACCAACAUGGAUUCAUUUCCAGUUGCACCAUGUAUGACGAGGACUAAAUGACAAAUAGUGAAGAGCCUCAGUUUAUCCACAGGUGCAGAACAGCCAACCUCAGGUAUUCACUACCCAACCUGAAGUGUUUUGCUGUAGUUGGUCCUGCCUUAUCUGUGCAACUGUACAUGUGAAAAGAUUUUUAAUGAGCUGCAGAGGAUGUUGUUUAAUUCCAUCAUAACAGACAAGUUGAGCAGGUGAACCCUGCAGCCAUACACAACUUCGAUGGUGCAUUUUAUAAACUUUGAUAGGGCUCCGCAAAGCGUAGACCACUAAAGUGAAUUAGUAGCCCAGGGGCUAAAUACUUGUCCUGAGUCAUUUCUUUGUGAUGUGUGUCUCCUUUAUUCAAGACGGAAAAGAAAAAUCAAUUAAAAAUGUCAGUUGACUUAAAUGUGGGGGAAAUAAAAAGGUAUCUUGCCUUAAUCAAAAGCCAAGAAUGAAUCAGUGAAAGCAGCAGCUAAAUACCUCUGUUUGUGUUUAUUAGUGAAAACAUCUUUUCAGUCUGUCGACAUGAUUUGAAACAUAGAGAACUGACCUCAGAUCCCCUCUGCCAGCCUCUCUCCUCCAGCUUUGUUUUUGCUCUGUGCUGCUGUGUAUGUGUAUGUGUGUGUAUCUUGCUUUAUUUAGUGACCAGUGUGUUGACUUGGUGCUGUGCUGUGUUCCAGUGGUAUUUGAUUCUUGGAGGUGCUAUCUUCCUCAUGGCCACCAAUUCAGCACAGCCCCCAGCAGGGGGAGGAAGAGAGCAGAGCUGACUACCACUGAAGUACUGUUUUCUUACUUGUGGCUAGUUCUGUCCCCCUUCCUCCUCUGUCAGAUUGUGUUUCUCUCCUCAGUAAUACAACUAACUGAAAACACCCCCUCCUCUCCCUCUGACUGGCCAUUUUUUAACUUUUUGAUGGUUUCUCUGAGGGUCAACACCAAACACAUUAAAUAUAAGAUAAGAUAAGAAGAACUUUAUUGAUUACCAAAGAUAAAUUCAUUUUUAAAAAAUCAAGUAAAAUAAUCUGAAUUCAAAGUUUUUAUACAAGAAAGCCUCCAUUUUAAAUAAUCAAGAAAUAAAACUGCUGUCUGAAUGAAUCACUAUGAACACGUUUUUGGUGUUUGAUCCUGGAAUUUUGUUUUUAUACUACUGUCUCUUUACCCUCUUGCACACUUAACCUUUUACCCCCUCUGUUCAGAAAAUAACUUGAAUCUAAUCUGGGAUAACCAAUCUGGAAAAGUUUUCUGUGAUCAGCACUAAAUUAGUUUAAAACAAAUUAUCUUGUGUUAAAGUUUUUUUUGUCUCUUCUUCUCCAGUGGAUGUACAUCGUGCCACUUGUUCUCUUCUUGAUGAUGUCAGGCGCUCAGGACCAAUCAGGUGGAGGAGCUGGAGGCGGAGCAGCUAAUGGAGGUGGAAGAUGAUUUAGAUGACUAAAGGUUCUUAUUGAUUGUGGUAAACACUUUUCUGAACAAUAACUGGCUUAGACUGAUUUUAACUGCUGUAUAUACUGCUAUUUAAGAUGGACCCAAAAGUCAAAUCUAUACAGUAUGAAAUGGAGGAGAUGUUGUGAGAACUGCAAUUUUAAUACUAAUGUGAAAAUAAAGUAUUUAUUACUUGAUUUUUGUUGAGUUUUCUUUUUUGUUUGUUUGAUCGUAGAGGUUUAGCAUCUGAGUACUCAGAUACACCUUUCUUGAAUCUUUGAUUAGAUUAAGCUUUGGUGCUAUUAUAUUUACUUACUCAUUACAUACAAAACAGGUGUCUGAGUAAAGGAGUUGCAACCCAAAUUUACUGUGCAGAAAACAAAGUGAUGUAUAAGAUAUUUUUUCAUUCAGUUUUAUGUGUUUAUAAUUGGACUAAAAUGCUAUGUAUUUGAAGGGGAAUGAAUAUUCAUUUCUGUGUAUCAAUGGUGGCUGUAAAUAUCAGGUUAAUUGGAAGAAGUUUGACUGGGUUUAGGAAAACAUGUCUGUCUCUAAAAAGGUUUAUUGAAUAUGAAUUAGGAUGAUAUUAUGAUUGAAAUAUCAUCCUGCUAUACAUCACAUACAGUGAAUAUACAGUACUAUGCCACUAAUGUGACACCAAUCAAGUAGUGUAUAAAAUCAUCCAUCUUGUCACUGGUGCUCUCAUUUGUAUAUUGAUGUAGGUCUUGAAGCUGUAUCAGUAUUCAAAGGAGCUUGAAACACACUGUAUGAGGAACUCACAACAGCUGGUGAGACGAUUAAGAUGGAAACUUGGCUUUUAUUUCAGGAUCAAAUCCUGACGUACUUUUGAGUCCAAAAAGAGAGCAGCCUCUGCCACUGUAAUGUCAGUACUAGAUUACAGUGAUGUGUUGUACAUGCAUGCCUCUUCUAAGAGACUGCAUGCCUUAGACACUGUGUGUCACGGAGCACUGAGGUUUAAUGUCCUCACUCAUCUCUGUUUUUAGUGUGACUGUGUAGGUUGGUCUUCCUUGUCCAAGCAUAGACUAAAACAUUAGCCAAUUUAAGUCCAUAAGUCCGUCAUAGGUGUCCUUCCUUAUACCUCUAAUUGUAUAUGAAACAGGAACUUACACUCUUGGAUUCCAGGACCCUCAUGAACUCAGUGAAAUUUUAAAGCAUUGUUGAACAACAUGGUAGCAGACGCAUCUGUUCGUAUGUGUUCUGCUUGAUGUCCACAUGAUCUUGGUUGAUGGAUCGAGCACAGUUUUGUUUGACUUGCUCCACUAUGACACAUUUGAGUCAGUCGUAGAAAUGUGUUAACAUGUACUCUUUGGUAUGUGCAUAUAUAUGGUUUCUCUUUGUCUGUCAGAAACUGCCCCUGUCAUGGCCAGGGUAAUCUUGAAAAGAGCUUUUAAGUCUCAAUGUGUUCUGUUUCUCCUGGGGAAAUAAAGGUGUAAAGAUAGAUAAAGUUAGCAGGACAGACUUGGUAGUAGUAGGAUAUAACUCUAGUAAAAACAAUUAAUCAGUGCAGACACACCUAAAGGCUGCAAACCUGCACUACCAGGUUCCUAAAGUAGCUCAAACAAGCUAUUUAUGAUGCAUGUUUUUGUGUUUGGUAACCAGCCACCAAAAAGGCAUCAGUUUAAAGCUGAAGAGAGUGGUUGUUGUGCACCCAAGAAUUUAUAUUAAUGUUUUAAGUAUUAAAAACUUAGUCAAACUAAGAUUGCAUCCGAGUAAUAACAAUUCAAUGACAUAUUUUUAAAUAUGUGGCUGAACUGAAAAGAAAUGAGAAUAGCAGAAGAUAAACAUUCGAUUAAAAAUCUUUACAGCCAGACAUCUUGUCUCCAAGGAAACCUCCUCCAUGUCAGUUUACCACGUUUGAACCACACAGCCCUUUCCCAUCAGUUUUAUCCUUCAUAAUACAGCCGCUGUUUACUGUGAUGAGAUGAGAGCAGCUGCUGCUGAUCCCAAACAAGUGGCAGGAAUAACUUACUAAUGCCUCACGUCAGUGUUUGCAUAGUCUGUUUCUGUCUCUCAGUUCUGAAGAGAUGUAGAUGUCACAUAAUAUUACUCAGAAGUCAAUGAUGGUUUAGGAAAACAACUAAAAUCCUACAGGAGUAGAGUCCAGAUCCUUCAUCUUUUUAAAUUGUGACUUUUAUGCCUUUACUUUGAAAGGAUAGAACAGCGGGAAACUGGGAGAUGGUCGGAGUGAAAUGCCGUAAAAAGGGCAGCAAGUUGGCAUUAAACCCAGGCCGCCUCCUUGGGGUAUAUAGCCUCUGCAAAGGGACCCCCAUGGCACAUUCAGACUUUAAAAAUCAACAAUAAGCAGGAAUUAUUUAUUAUUAAUAAUUCCUGAUUAGAGUUAUUUUUUCCAAAUUAAACAGUAAUAUUCUAUUUUUUUGGGGGGGCAUUUUAUUCAGAUUCCACAUUUUAGAGGAUAUAUCCAAGCAGAAAAUGUACAAAAUUUACUGUGUCAUUGCAGAUCACCUUGUUUUUAACCUGUUUCAAGGCACACAGCAUUAAGAACCACUCUGAUUGGUAGUUUUAUUAACUUAAAAAAUGUAAAAUAAUCCAAUCAAAAUAUAAGAAUAUGUGAAUAAAUAGAAUGAUCUCAUAACCUUAAAGACAGUAACACAUGUUUUUUUUUUUGGUUAUUUUCAUGCAAACAAAGCAAACACGAGGAGCUCUAACACAACACGGCUUUAGAGACAGAAUGUACCAAAAUCUGUGUGUCAACAGCUCUGAUCCCCUUCCUCUUGUCACUCAGUCAGUCUGGCUGCUUUUGGCGUCCAACUGUGAGGAAGAUUCUCUUAUUUUUGGAGGUUCAGAGUUUGGCUUCAACACUUCAACGGCCUCUGCCCUCAUCCAUUCACCAAGCAGGUCUUUCUCAGAAUGACCUCUCAGGUCAGACAGACACAGCGUCCUCGUCUGUUACUGCUUCUCAUUCACCUCUGGCUGUAGAACAUGUGAAAUAAGGGGAUAAUUGCAGCUGAAGGAAACAGGAGCAUUCAAAUGCACAGGCCACAAAAGUCAUUUGUUAGUAAAGAGAUCUGCUUCUGUCAGAUGGGAUCAGAGGUCAGACGGGGGUGAAGCUAGUGAUCAGUGCACAUGCAUUCCUGCUAAAUCAUAUGAGUUGUACAGUUAACCCAGAUUAAACUUUUGACUGCAAGUUUCCCACCAUCCCAAGCAGUCUCUCUUUCUUCUUACAAUAAAUCUAUGCAUAUGUAUGUUUACUCAGAGCAGGAAUGCCAACCAAUCACAGGGGGCCUAUCAACAUGAACUGUGAUGAAUGUUCAUCUACCAGGAAGCUUAUGGAAACUGACACUGGGACACAUGACUGGUGAAAUCUCUGGGAGAGGAAUUAUCUGUGUUUGUGCUUACAUUGAAGCCAUCCAUACAUUAACAUAUGCUGCUUUCAGCAAGUGCACAACAAACAGCAGAAUUAGGCUAAAAUUAACAUAUGCCAAAAAGGAACAAAGUUACGCCAUGUUGUUACUGAAUUUUACAGCUUAUGGUCACAUGGGCAGGCCAGCCUUCUGUCAACGCCCACAGUCCUCACCUGCAAGCACAACUCCUCUGUCUGGGUGUAACAGAGAGAUCUGGGUUCAUGCUUGUCCAGAGCCAUAAACCUAAUAAAACAGGAGAUAGUCAUCAGGUCAGGAAAGUGUCACCAAUGUCGUAUGAGUGUGUGUAACCUGCAGUCCUUCUUAUGUCCUGCAGGGGACAACCUAAGAAACCUACACUACUUCACACAGUGAGCCACAAACAUGUCUGACACUGUUUUCUUUGUCUGAGGAACCCAAAAAGCCAUAUAAUCUAACACUGCAUCUAUAAUAUGACAAAAAUGGAAAUUAAAUAAACAGUAUAUUAAUCCAAAUUUAUCAGGGCUGUCAACAAUUAUGUCUCAGCAGAUGACUGUCUAACAUGAGUCUGGUUCUGCUCAAGGUUUCUGCCCAUUAAAGGAAGUUUUUCCUCUCCACUGAAACUUCUUAAAUUCUGCAAAGUGUUUCACUCAUGGUGAACUAAGAAAGAAAGGUUUUAUACAACCACAGAUAAGCUCAGUGAACGGGUAUGUGCAGCUAAUCAGACAACCACAAGGCAGAAGUUGGCAGAGUGUUAGAAUCGGUGUAGAUCUGUGGAUGAAACUAAAGUGAGGAAGUUCACUGCAGCACUGGGAAACUAGCUUUAAAAAGAUGAAAUGGACUUAAAAACGUACUGUUAAAGGAGUCAGCAAGGAAUGCUAAACAUUUCCCACAACGUUUAACUGCUUCGGGUUGUAAAUCCCCAAAUGAUAAAACUGAUAUUUAUAAACAAGAUAUUUAAGUGAUGAGAUGGUUCUCGUGAUAAAGAGAGAAAAAUCACAGGAACAUUAUGUAGUAGAGAAGAUUACUGCAGAAUAACACAUCAUAACAGAGUGCUGGACUGGGUGGUGGUGGUAGUGGGGGUUACAUACAUGAAACAGGUCGCCGAUGGCAUGGCAGCCAUAACUCAUAAAUCUCGUGGCUCUGUGUCACUUGGAGACCACUAAUGUCAGCAGCACGUGUUGUGCAGGAACAACCCCCCCCCCCCCCCCCAGUACCUACAGUGAUUUAGGAGCAGUUACAAGGUUAAUGUUGUUGUAAAGCCAUGGGGAAGGACUGUUGGUUUAAGCCUGUCAUUUUCACACUGUAAAUCUGGGCACUUAAACGAUGCAUAGUUUGUUUAUUAGGAUAAUCAGCCAGGAUCUACAACUCCAACAUCUAUUAGCAACAACGCCUUUUAAAAUACAUUUGAAAUUCCUGAAAUUAGUAACCAUUAUCCAUCUUUGUUAUGAGCUAAAGAUGUACUUUGCUCCAACAGCUGAUCAGUCAUGGGAAUUACUUCUGUCUUAUACUGUGAGCGUCUGCUGUAUUUUACAGAGAGAGCAUUUAGCACUGAGAGUGCUAACUGAGAGUGCUUUAGUUACUCAAAUGUCAUUUUACUUCAGUAGGAAUAAAACUAAUAGUCUUCAUCUACUCACAUGAAAAUAAAAGUAGUAUUUAAUAAAAUAUGCUUAAAGUGUUGAGUAUUCAGUACUGACUUUUAACCCUUGGGGGUGGGGGAAUAAAAUGUGGCCCCGAGAUUAUGUAAAAUCCCAUUUUGCCAAACAACAGUUGUAUUUUGUUUUUGAGUCUGCAGCUGUCUAGAGUGACUUACUGGAUAUCUUUGUAGUACCUUAGUAAUAGCUGUACAGAGAGGACUUUUUCUAAAGGUCAAAACACAAAGACUUCAUCGACUGUAGUAACUAAAUACAGCUAAGCAUGUGUAAAUUUCUUUUGAUAAGUUUCUUGAAAUAUGACACAAUUCUUUUUUUUUAAGGAGCAAAUCAAGGAAAUUAUGCUUUGAAAUAUCCUGAAAACAAAUUUAUAUUUGGACCAACCACAUAUAGGGGGAGUGCCAAAUUUUAUGAUAAUUGAGUCAUAUUCCCCUUAUAUAAGGCUGUCUGAGUUAUUUGUAGUAUAGACAUCAACCCAAUGUAUGCAAAUAGCUGCCUUCUUCCCCUGCUCUUGAGUAUUUAACUUAUUUGGCCACAUGACUUUUACACGUAAAAACAAUCUUUCUUACACUGUCACUGAAAUUAAUUAUCUGAAUUUCUUCAACUGAAGUCUUCAGUUACUGUGGAAUAAUCCCACUGUUGUGUUAAUACUGAGAGCCAAACCCAUGUGGGUAGAAACACUGAAUGUCAGGAGAGAAGGCGCAAGCACCUGCUCUGUCAAUCAGCAAAGAGCCUUGAAAAUGAGGAGGGAACGUCUCGACAGUCCCUGAAGACCAUCCCAGCAGGCUGCUGCAGAUUACAGCCUCACACUUAUCGUAUCCCCCAGCUAUCCAUGCUCUACAUGUCGCCAUAGCAGCAUCAUGUAAGCAUGUAAUGAAGUAACAUGAUAGGACAUUUAAUGACCGAGCCCCCCGGUAAUGUACACUAAUAUAUUACAUCGUGAGCGUUGAGUGUAUGGUGUUGUGCAUAGCACCCAUAAAUGCUCCCAAAGGUCAGGGUACAAUACAAUUUAAGCCCUCUCACUGACAGCAGUAAGCAGCAGGUGUUGAAAUUUGUUUUCAUGCCUCACAUGAAGCAUAUCUGGUUUUAUGAGAGCCGGCGCUAAGAGGGCUCUUAGGCUUCAUUAAAAUUCUUGUUUUAAUAGCAGUGGGAAAGGCUCUAUCGUGACAGGGAGUUAUUUCCUAUUAAGUUAUAUCAAUUAAGACAAGCCUUUGAUAGACUCAGAGGUUUAACAGAGACAGUGUACAGACUCUAACAUGAUGGCUCACUGUCUGGAGGAGAAUCCCACUUCAACUUAUUUUUCAACAUUAUCUUAUAAUCCUUUAGUAUUUAUGCCGUUAAUGUGAAGCACAACAAAGCAUUAUUCAAAGUGCUAUGCUCAAAUACACUACAUGUUCUAAUUGUGUUUUCAUUCUUUUUCAUAUAUGUCUACUGCAGUAACUUUUAUUCUUUUCAAUCUGAGCUGUAGUGUUUCACUCAUACUUAAAAAUCUAACUUUGUUUAGGUGUUUGAGCAUUUAUCUCUAACUAGUUUUAAUAACAGGAUCAUCUUUUAUUGAGCUUGUUUGGUGCCCUUAUUUCAGUAUCUUUUACUGUUUUGUUUUUUUAUUCAUUUUAUUUAUUAUUUCUUAAAUUUCAUUCUAUGUUGCUUUGUUUUUAGAUUUUAACCUAACCUCCAGUGUUUCCUUAUCUUGAAUAUUAAAAUGGUCUUUCCUCAGUGUGCACGUUCCUGUUUCUAUGAAAUCAAGCCCUUUUUAAUUUCAUGCAUUUUAAUACUGUUUCUGUUGUGUUUAUUCUUUUUCUUUAAUGAUCUGCUGCUAUUGCAUUGCAAUGCAUUAGCAGUGUUAUUUUAAAUUGCACAAUGGCAUUGGAGCCAGAUCUGACUGCAGACACAAAGCUCUCCGAGUGUAUGCACCGUUGAAAGCUAAACCUCCAUCAGCACAUAUGCAGUUGGAGGUUGGACCCCUGCUAGAUGCACAAAAAGAAUCUGUUAUUGGCUGUUAUCAGGAACUCAAGUGAUCACGCCAAUGUAAACUGCUCUUUUUUGAGUUGUUUUCAUGCUUUAUUGUCAGAAGGCUUAAAAGUUCAUUGUCCUAAAUCACAGCUAGUAAUCGAUUGGGAUAUUUGGAGAAUUUUGUGAUCAGUGGGGAUCAUAAGACAGCUGAUAUUAAGUUACUUCAAUGCAUGUUUGAAAGUUGCCAAUUCUUUUAAAUGUUUCCACUGUCAUUAUUUUAACUCUGUUGAAAGUAAAUUACUAAAUGAUACCAUUGUUGAAUAUACCUCAAACUUCCAAGCAGAAAAAGUGCAACAAAGUGAUUGUAACUUCACAUUUCAUAUUAACAAUUUGCAUGUCAAAUUUUGUCAUAGAAAGCUAAAAAAUAAGGCAAAGAAUUGUUUCCUCAUGACUGUUAAACAGCACAUGAGGAGAUAACUGAGAUAGUUCAUUCUAGUCCUGUUAGCUACAGUUAAAAACAGCUUCUGUUCAAUAAGUUCCUAAACAAUGUGAGUAACUAAAUAUUAUAACUUAUUGGUAUUUGUAAAGCUUGCCAGGAAAAGCUUGAAGGCAGCUUUUAGCAUGCUUUUUGUAAGUACAACAGUAAGAUACUGUUACACCAUUUAAAUGUGAAGCGUACAGUUGUGUUGGCCUGAGAAAUGAUCCUGUAGGUGAUGUUAUUAGAGAGAAAUAAAGUAGCCAUGUGGUCUUAUUAGGAAAUUUGAAGGACUCCUCCAUGAGUGACAGAAAUGACGUGCCGAGCAUAAACUGUUUCAGUGCCAAAAAAAGUUUUUUUGUCCCUAAUGAUCAUUGUAAAUGAACCAUAAACAUAUUUAGCCAUGAAAUUUCCAUCUUUUUUCUUGUGUUUUUAAGUUUAACGCUGCAGGUCUUAAGAUCUGUCAGUUCUCCAAGUAAGUACAUUUAUUUUUUCAGUCUACUCAUGUGCUUUUUAUUAUCUUGAAUUCUAACAUAAUUUCAGAACCUUUAAUAUCAAAUGGCACUAAUACAGAACUCAAUUCUCAUGUAGUCAGCUACAAUAAUGUAUACAAGUUAAUGUUUUGAAAUAAACAAAUGAAAUGUUGGGUGACUUUCCAGAGAGAUUUAAGAAGAAGAAGAGCUCAUUUGUUUUGUAAUGUGGGAAAUUACAGCUAACAUAAUGACAUUUUAAGUACUCACUACAAAUAAAUGUGAUGAAUUAAAAGUGGUUACUUGAGACGACUGAAAAUGUCAGCAAUAUCUGUGUGCACCAACCACUUACAAGCUGUUAUUUUCAAGCUCUGACCACAUCAGCACUUCAGUACACUUUACCCCAAGUUCUUUGCCAGAGUGCCCCUGCAGCAGCUGCUGAUUGAUGGGAUAAGAAGAUUGACGACAGCUCUCCCAGUGAGAAGCUGGCUGCCAUCUAACAUACUGACUGUCCCCCGGCUCUUCUGAGCAGAACAAACCCCUAUAGCCUGAUUCAGGGUCAGUUUAAGCUGAAAUAAGGGGCAAGUCACUUUUAGGUCAGAGUUGAUCCUGUUGCCAAGGUAACAAAACAAAGCCCAGCUUUUGAAAUUAAGCAUCAAAGUCUUUUGAAAUCUCCCAGAAGCACAGCCUUGACCCCUGACCCCAUACAUAUAAAAAUCAUUUUUCCAUCUGUUGAAAAUAACGCUAAUUUAUUGGUUAUUUCAUCUCUUGUGUUGUACGUCCCUCACAUGCUCGUCCCAUGUGUAUGCAAAUGAGCAUGCAUACUUGGGAUAUACUGGGUAUUUGCUUGUCUCUAACUGAUCCCUAGAAAGGUUCAGAAGUGUCAUGUGUCAGGGACAGUGACCAUCUAUUACAACUUAUGCACAUUCCCCCCUCCCUCCCCACCGCUUUUGGGAGUCAAUAAGAGUGACCCACCAGAGACCACCAAGCAUUUUCCCAAGAAGCUCCCGUUUGAUGCCAAACAGCAGCAGAACUGCACAAAGGGAAUCAUGCCUGUACCCAAGAAAGCUGGUAAGAAACUCUUUAUCUUCACCUCUGACAGGAGACAUCACCUGUUUGUCUUUUGGGACUAAAACACAUCAAUACCAGAAAUGACCAAAUUGAAUAUGAUAUGAUUAGUUUCAAAUCAUUAUUUGAACUUAGAUGGAUAAUAUUUUGGUGAAUUGAAAAUGACCAUUGAGGCUGAGGGAAGUUUGCCACUUAUUGGCUGUUUCUUUUGGUCAUGUGUGGCCUUCAAACAUACAGGUCAGCUUCUAACUGUACUUUUUAAACUUUUGCAAUUACGGCUUUAUUUUUACGGCUUUGUUCAUAUUCAGAAUCUUAAAACUUUUCAUCAUUCAAUAAAUUAUUGAAUUUCCCUUCUUCUUCUUCUUCUUCUUCUUCUUCUUCUUCCUCUUCUUCUUUUUAUUCUUCCUAUUCUUCUUUAUCUUUUUUUUUCUGCUGUCAGUUCUUUCUAUUCGUGGAAUACCACUUGUAAAUGCUUAAAUUGAGAUCCCAUUGACUAGGGUGCAAAAUCUUCCAGUUGUGAGUCUGUCACCUGUAGCUUUCAUCUUUUUUCCGUUGCUCAUGCAGAUUAGAUUUUUUUGUGAUCACUUCUUGUAGUUGUAAUGUUUUACUGAAAAUGAACAGUGUGUACAUUUAAUGUUGUAAAGUUGCUCAUUCCUGUGUAUGUGUGUGUGUCUGUCAGUCUCCUUCAGCUUAUCGCUCAUGUCAUCAUUGAAAGAGUCACUCCCUUGACAGUUGUGGUUUCUUCUGCACUUGUACCACCAUUUUCACAAGUCCCUUUUACAGAUAUCCUCAUGCAGCCCACUCCUCUCUAUUGUCUGCCCUCAGCACCUUUGUUCUCCCUCUGAAGAAAGAUUCUGCUUCACCCCGGCCAUCAGCUUUUUUGAAUAUUUCCUAAUUGUACACAGUGUUUCUCAUUCCAACUUCCAUAAUAGAUAAACUCAUCUUCCCAAAUGUCACUAAUGCCUCCUCUGGCAGCAACAGUAACAAAGUGUGAAAUGCUGCACAGUAACUCAAGUCAACAAAUUGUAAAAGCCCAUCUGGCUUUUAUUUAUGGCUGUUUGAGUCUGAUAUUAUGUCGUAUGAGGUGCCCUUGUCUCAGCUUUUUGACAUUUUACUUUGGCAUUACUUCCAUGAACUGAUGCAUGGAGCAGAAAACCCAGAAAUUUGCCAGAUAAAGGUGUUCUCUACACCAGUCCUUGUUCUAGUUGUCUUUUCUUUUCUAUUUUCAACCUGCCGUAUUCUAAAGAGUCGCUUCUGACACAAUUUUCCUUCCAUCACGUGUGUGCUCGACACUUGUUUGCACAGUUUCUCGCCAGUAAAUCUUGACAGGGGAGAUGAGUCUGGGUCUUUGCCAUUUCUGCCCAUCUCAGUAUCUUCUGAUCUUGCUGUCUCAGUGGGAUGUUUUGAACUUGAUCUGCACAGAUAAUGUGGCCCUUCCCCACUGAGGGGAAUCUGGGAAGGGAAAGUGUCCGUCGUGUCUGUCCAUCACCGUCAGCAUCGGAUGUUGACUUUCGCUUGAACUGUUGACUCAAUCUUGCUCCAAUGACAAAACUUGUGUGUCCUUAAGUGGGGUGCACCAAUACCAAAAUCUCUUUCUUAAAUCCACUUAAGUUGCUCUGCAGUUUUUGCUCUAACUCCAACAGCUCCAUAUAAAUAAUCAUCCAUUAUCCCCAUCUGGAUUUGGGAGGUGUCUUUCCCUCUGCCCUUAAAUAUUCUAAGGCCUCACAGCUUGCUCUCAUUGGUCUUUCUGCUGCCAUGAUGUCAACUCAUCCAUCUUUUUGAGUAUCUGUUUAUCCCGUUGAUCUUGGUGGGUGAAGAGAAGCAUACACAGGGGAUUAACUUCCAAAGAAGAGCUUUAUGGGUGGCAUUUUUCCAAUCAGCAAUCUCACUUGCCAGCCUGAUAUCUCACUCCAAGGUCGUGUUUCAUUCCCGCUGAAGAAGUCACCCAAAUCACAGUAAAGAUCUGAAGAUGAAUGUAUUCUCCCUGAUCAUUGGUCUUCUGGUAAUUCCCUCCUAAAGCCUCGAUGACACUGUUCCACAGGCUUUUUCUUUCAUCAUGUCCCAAUCUCACCUGCUCUGUUCCCUUAUAGAUGUGAUCAAGGAAGGGGGAGGAAAGAUGGAUGAAGUGAUCUGUCACCAGAUUCUUGUUCAUCUCCACUCAUUUCAAAAAAGGGACUGAGUGGCCUUCACUCAAUCCCUCUCAGUCCUGCCAAGUCUGUCCUCCUGGAAACAUGCUUUCUGUGUUUUUUAUGUUUGGCAUGUAAAUGGACAAGCCAUGGAUGAAUACUUUGAGGUCAGGCUUGAAGCUCCAGCAAGUUUGAUUUCAAGCCAAAUAUUGCAUGUGGACAACAUCCCAACCCUGUUAUCGCUCUGUAACGCGACCCUAAGCCUCUGUAGGGUUUAAUUAAUAGCUCUACAUGCCAGAUACUUAUCAGAUUUUCAGCUCUUAGUGGCUUCAAUCAGGGUAUUGUAUUCCACAUAAAGGAACAGUACUAUUCUGUAUAUUUAGAUCUUUAAUUAAAGCACAGUGUAUCUAAGAGAGAAAAGCUGUUGAUCUCUGUGUGAAAAGAACUGCAGGCCAUCACGAACGAAUGAAAAUAAUGCCGUCAUCUCAUCCAAUCUGAUGCUUGCAGAUGUUAAACAAGACUCUGAUUUACCCUGGUGGUUGGUACGCAGUUGGCACACUCCCCAGUAGAGGGUCAUGCAGUCUGCAGAGGUUAAGUUUCCCCAGGCUUAGACAUGUGCCAGGAUCCACUGCCCCAUUUGAAUGAUGUGACUGACCUCCUCCUCAUGGUGUGAAGACUGUGGUAACAACAUAACAACAGGCACUUUUGAGAGGUGCUCACUGGGAUGUUUCUAUCAUUUACAUUAAUGCUGAUAAUAGGAAGGGAUCAGAUGUCUAUCCUCUGUCCUUUUGUCAGUGAUAUGUUUGCAAUUGGCAGCUACAGAUCAUAGACUGUAUAUAGACAGUAUAAUGGACGCCGUCUGCCUCCUGAAGCCAUCGCAAGAACAGCACCCUUUGGUUACAGGCUGCAGUAUAGGUCAUAAAUCCCUCCUCCUCCAUCAAUCCCUAUGGAGCUGUGGACAAACUUUAGAAAUUAAUUACACAGAAUAUAAAAUUUUCUCUCCCCUGGUUGCGAUGUUGACGUGUAGUCACUGGAAGACUGGUCUGUGCUCAAGUCCUCUUUUUUCUGUGCAGCUCCGUUUUUAAAAGUUAUUAGGGGGUUCAUGUUUUCUAUGAUUGACACUUGAUACAGCCUAUGGGCGUACGAAGAUCGCGUAGCUUACCUGGAUGAUACGCUGUUUGAGCUGAGUGUCAUCACAGCGACUCCCCCGCCAAAUGCGUACAAUGCUACUGCGCAAGUGGUGGUUCCAGGAAGUGGAGAAAAUCCCAGAAAAACCGAGAGCAAUUCGGCGUUGAAUUCAUAUAAUGAAGGAAGGCGAAGCCAAGUUGUCCAUUGUAUAUACAGUCUAUGCUACAGAUAUUAACAUCAUGAAUAGUAAUUUAGAUAUAAAAUGAGAUUAAUCAAUAAAAGAAUUGAUUGUUUUAUUGGACCAUUGUAGUUUCUAAAUAUGGUAAAACUCUGGUUGUGUAAAGUGUUACCUUGGGGUGUAUAAGCGUUUAUGAUCUGUAACUAUUUUCUUGAACUCCAGAGAGGUAUUUAUGAUCUUAAUUUAUCUUAAAUAACCUGUUAGCGAUCUACUCAAACUCAAGAUGCCAGGCCUACAGAGAAGAUCUUGCGCCAGACACAAGUCAUAAGAAUAUUUAUGUUUAAGGAUAGCCAAAUACUGUAUCUAGAACAAAAUCAAAAUAGUGCGAAUACUGUUGUUUUUGUAGUUUUACAAGAAAAAAAUAAAUCCUAUAUGAAUGUUUUUAGAUUUUUCCACUGCUCAUCAAACUAAAAAAAAUCUCUGUUUUGCUCAAUCCUGUUUAAACUGUUUGCCUUUACGAUUCACUCUUGAUAUUUUAACUCUGAAAAUAGGAAAGUGACUCAUUUCUUGACUUCUUAGAUAUUUGACUUCUUUCAUUAACUGAGUGUAAUAAAUAGACUCUCCUUCACAAACCUCUUUCUGCCAUACACCUGAGAAAACAACCCAUGAAGAACAGAUUGAUUGACAUGACAGUUUAUAUGAGGAAGAUGUUCAGAAUAUUCUGUGCUGGUUUUCAAUGUUAAAAAUGCUUCUACAGCAGGUCUACAUUGAUUUUCAUCAUGGAGGAAUCCCACACACAGACAGCACAGGUGUUUAAUUGUUAAAAAAAAAAAAAGCUACCCUCAGGACUACUAAUGUGUUUACUCAACAACCAUGAGCUAUUUCGACCCUUCCAUUUAUGGACACUGGUAAAUUGAGGCUGUUCUGUCUAAUUUUGGCCAUAGAAAAUGUGAUGAUGUAACUGUCUGAUAGGUGAGUAAGAAUGAUGAGGAGUUAGUUGUCUGUGAAAUGUGAGGAAACAGUAACUUGAACACCUACAGAGUUUUCUGGGAAUUUCAAAGACUCAGUGACUCACAAGCUGGAGGAGGAACAAACAGACAGAGAUGAUAUACACCGGCCCACAACACGACAAACAUGCAAUCAGCAGGAUGAAGUAACCGCCUCAUACAGAGAGUAUAUUCUUAGACUGAGAGUCCUGCUGUCAAUAGUCAUGAUGUGUGUCCUUAACAAAUGGAUGCCCUGGCAACAGAUUCCUUCGGUUGAAACCUAAAACUCGGGCAACAUGGGGAGGACUUCACAAAUCGGAGCUGAGCCCACAUAGUGCACAUACUUCCCUGUGAUCUACGGCAUGCUGAGAGUUGUUGAAGGUAUACGGUAAAUAAAUGGCAGCCUGACAAAAUAUGAAUAAAAGAAGAGGCUUCAGAGAAAGAUGAGCAGCAGCUUCCUGGAGUUUUCAAUGAGUUGUGCAAACUUUUACCCAAAGCAAUUAAAAAGGUUCAUUGACUCCCAUUAACAGAUGUCAAAUGACUCAAUUAGCAACCAAGUCCAAGUAGAUAAGACUGUUGACAAAACAACAAAACUGCCUCUCCUCUAACCUAACAAAGAUGGCAAGAGGUAGCAACACAGUCUGAGCUCACUUGCACAAUCUAGAAAUUCGCUGAUUGACCAGCUUUUUUAAAAUCAGGGCUACAAAUUGUUCGGGAUGGGCCUUUUUUACUCAUUUUUGUCACAUUACACAGGUCCAUCAUGAAUUUGGCUCAUGAAAGUGAGGACCGCUGUAGCUCAGAUAGUCAGAACAUUUCCUCUGAAUAAUUUUCAAAAGUAUUUCAAAUAAAAAAAGGUUGAACUUCAGUACUUUAAGGUUUCUCAUCUUCCUCUUGACAGUGUCCCACAGAUUCUCUAUAGAGUGUAUGACCGGCCAGUCAAGCACAGUGAUAUCAUGGUGAGGUGGUUGUAGUUCUGGCAUUGUAGGCAGGUGCAGAUGGAAGCAUUAACUGCUCUACGAAAGUUAUUUUAGCACUUGCCUUGUCCGAAUAUAACCAAGGACAAGGCAAGCGUGAAAAUAACUUUCGUAGAUGUAGCCAUCUUGUUUCUGCCUCCAAUUUUACUUUUUUCCGAUUUGGUAACUGAAACGCUGAUAACUCGUGUGUGACGUCAUUCACAGCUCGGACAUCUGACUUCUGAGGUAACUCAACGAAGGCAGCAUUAGGACUUGAUAGAACACCAUGGACCAGCAGAUGACAUGGCACCCAAAAUUUAUCACAGGCUGUGGAAACUUCAGUGCUUCUCCAAUCUCCCUCCAGAUUCAAGGACCUCAAUUUUCAAAUGAAUCACCAGUUAUACUUUCUUCUGAAAAAAAAGCCUUUGGAUCACUGAGCCAUAGUCAAGUUCUUGUUCUCCUUGGCCAGGGUAAGACUGUCCUGGUUCAGGAGUGGUUUGAUAUCAGGAAUGUGACAGCUGUCCCUUUCUUCAAAGUGUCAGUGCAUGGUCGCUCUUGAACCCUUAUUUCUGUAAUGGAGGAUUUUGAAUUGACUGUUCUUCUACACCUUUUUCUGUUGAUAUACUUUGAUACUCUAUGAACAACAAGCCCUUGCUGUAAUGACGGUCUGUGGCUUAGCCUACCAUGAAAUAUAUUCAUAUUUGAGGGUGUAUGUUUAUGACAUUAAAAGUUGUAGCCAAAAUACAGAAGAUAUUUAAAACACAUUAAUUUAGGAGUCAAUAGUACAUCAAAUUUUUACUUCCUUAGUUAGCUGAAUGAACAGAAUGAACCAUUUUAUUCUAAAUUGUUUGAGAUGUGUCCCACACGACCUUGGAGUGUGUGUAUUUCAUUACAAUCAGAGAGUGUUUCCUUCGUAAACUAAGAAAACUGAUGGAAGUUAGCACCUCGCUUGCAAACUAGCUUAGCUGCUAAACUGCAUUCGUGAAUUAUGCUUGAAGUGCUAUAAAUGUGGUAUUUUCGUUUGCAGAGUACAUUAAAAUGCUUACAGCAAAAUAAACGUACCCGAUGUAAGGAAUAAUUUACUCUUGUGCCUGUUUUGGGGUGCAUAAUGAUGCAGACAACGAUUUUGGACGGUAAACAUUUCAUAACAAACCUCUCUGAACUAAAAACAGUUCCUAAGACAAUAUCGUUGAAAACAAACACCAACCCCGUGGCCGGUGAGUCAUAAGUCUAUUUGAGGGAUACAUUUUUAAAAAUGAACAUAAAACUGAAUUAAAAUAGCCUUUUAAGUAUUAUAACCAUACCAUAAUCCCAUGAGUGAAAUAUGGUCACAGAAUAUCUCAGGUUUAGACUUCGUCUUCAGGCUGUUUUAUGUUGCACACGACAGACUCGCCCCCUGCUGACCACCAAAAGAAACGCAGGUCACAGGUACUCAGCAUUGAUGAUACUUCACCACACUUGUUUGGGGAGUAUCCAGGGUCAAAAGAAUCUGUUGAGUACACUAGAUGGUUUACACAUUUUUGUCCUAUGUCCUUUUUUCUUUUUCAGGAAGGAGAAACAACAGCGUCCCUGAAGGUAAAGAUCAGCCUGUCAGGCUGUCCUUUUGAGUCACUUUGUAAUAUUUAGAAAACUCGUGGCUGUGUUUUGUCAUUUAAGUACAUAUCUCUCUUACUUUAAGUGUUAAACAUUUUACUCUAAUCUUGUUUUCUCUGCUAUUCAUCACCUCAGAAAAGCUGCCCCCAUAUGAGCCCAACGUCCCUGAACCGAUCACCAGAGCCGACUUCAUGAAGUGUAAGACUUCCCCUGUAAAAGACUGUUUUGAAGCUAUUUUUAGUCAAUCAGGAGACAGUUUAACACUAUCUUUUACCAAUUAAUAUCAUUUCAUAGUUAUUCUAAUAUGAGCAAAUCAUGGAAACUUGUGCAACCACAGUGUGCCAUGGAGAGCAGGAUUCAUUUAUUAGGUCUGGAAACUAAUUAAAACUAUUGGAAAGAACUUAGAUUUAAUGCUACAAUAAAUUAAAGAUGAUGAAAUUUUAAUUAUGAAGACAUUAAUAUCUUGGAGACAAAAUAAUCAAGUUAUUCAUUUACACAUUAAAAUAACUUGAAUCCAUAAUGUUGUGUCAUUUUUAUAACCAGGGUAAUUUAAAUGCAAAUUUCACUAGCCUAUUAAAUUCAAAAACAUAUAAGGUUCAUUAUAUUUGCACAUAAAUCAUUCAAAUACACAAAUGAACAGGAUCUCUAACUCAACAGGACAGUUGAAAUUAGCCGGCAUGAUUUUGAACAGACUUCAAUCCCUGUUUACAGUAAGGUCUUUUCUGCUCUAAUUUGUCCUGUCGAUUUCAAACCACUGGAAUGAAUGAAUGAGUAUUUUAUUUUCAAUUCUGAUCGUAUACUAUCCAUCAUUUAUGGAAUUAUUCAGUCUUAACUGAAAAGCAACCAAGACAGCCUGUGAAUUCAGACAGAAGGUAAAUGAAUAACUAAAUAAACCGCCUCUUUAUCAAUCAAUCAAUCAAUCACUUUAUUUAUAGAGCACUUUUCAUACAUGGACUGUAUCACAAAGUGCUGUACAUUAAAUAAUACAAGAAGGAGAGGAUCAGGGGAUACCAAAUAAAAUACAAGAUAAAAUACAAAUUGCAAAACCGCCCCCACCCACCCACCCUCAAAGCCCGCAUUUAACAGAGACCCCACCACCCACACACACACACACACACACACACACACAGGGACACCAAGUCAGGGAUUAGCAGGAAGCCCAAGUGGCCCAAGGAAACGCUAUCUAAAACUAAAAUGGGGAAACAUUGGAGCCGAAGCUAAACUGACAAAUCCAUGACAAGAUAUAGGUAGAUAUGACAAGAUAUAAGCUGCACUCAGGUCCAACAGGACUAAAACAGAAAUUAAUCUUUCAUCCAUGUUGGACCUGAGGCCACUUACAAUCUUUUCUAAAAUUUUGCUUAAAAAUGUCAGGUUGGACACAAGUCUGUAAUUAUUAGGUACCGCUGUAUCCAAGUUGUCUCUCUUCAGAAGGGGCCUGACACAGGCUGUCUUAAAGACAGUGGAAAAGACCCCUGUCUGAAGAGAAUAGUUUGCAAUAUUAAUAACGUCAUCCUUAAAAACACUAAAAGAGGUCUUAAAAAGGGAUGUGGGGAUAGGAUCUAAAACACAAUUCACUGGUCUAAGAUGGGAGACAACUUCCUCAAUCUGUGCAGCAUCAACCAGGGCAAACAUGUCCAGUGUCUCCCCAUUUAAAAACACAGAAGAGCUAAAAUCAUCAGGCUUACUGUUUAAAAAGUUUGACCUGAUAACAUCAAUUUUAUUUUUAUGCAACACUUUUUUUUUUUUAUCUCCAGUCUCUCCUCGCACAUAGCCAUCCAGUUUCAGAGUGUUCCUCUCUCUGUCCUCUCAGAUUGGGUCCCCAUCACUCUGGAUGAUAAAACUGCACAGAAGCUGCUGUGGAUUUCAGAGGGAGGCUCCAAGGUGGCUCGAACAUCUGAUGCAGUCUGUCCAUAUCCCAACAGGCCCGAGAGAUAUGAACACUCUCCACAGGUGGGUUAGUCUAAGACGUAGUGACUGAACCAGUGUUAUAGGUGAGGUACAAUAAGACGUUUGUUUGAGUGGGGAUACUCGGGAUCACACUUUGUGGUCAUUUGAGAUGCAUUUUUACUCUUAAACUUCAUCACUCUGUCACAGUGUCAUUUGGAACUUCAGUAAAAAUCAUUCUUUCUUGGCACAUUUUGAGAAGAUCUGAGAUUGAGAAGAUUUGAGAACUUGUUUGAUAACUUUGGAUAAAAGCUUACUUCAGUUCCUUUUGCUCCCUCUUUAGGUGCUGUGUAAGGAGAGUCUGCUGGGUCAUCGUGGGUACUGGGAGGUGGACUAUGAUGGCUGGGUGGUGAUUGGGGUGGUCUGUCAAAGUGCCCCCAGAAAGGGCACGGAUGGGCCCUGUGGCCUUGGGGAAAACAGCGGCUCCUGGGGGGCCGGCUGGUCAGGCUCCUGCUACCAAGUGUGGCACAACGGUGAGAACGUGGACGUCACCCUCCCCGAUACCUCCAGGAUGGGCAUCUAUGUGGACCAGCCUGCCGGUAUCAUCAAGUUCCUUCUGGUGGAGGGUGAGGGUGAGAAGGAGGUGCGGCUGAUUCACAAAUUCAAGGCCAACAUCCAGGAGAAGAUCUUCCCCGGGUUCUGGGUUGGCACCAAUUCAUACUGCCUUAUUCGGAAAAAGGAUCAGUGACAGGGUAGAGGUUCUGAAACAUGGAAGGAGGGUCAUUUUGUGUAAAUUUAAAAGUCAUGGGGAGUUGAAUGUUUUGGUGAAGUUAGGGGUAAAGUGUUGGAGUUGUAAAGAAGGGAUGUGUUUGUUUUCUCUGGUGCAUGUAGUUAAGUGUAUUCACUUCAUAUUAUAUCCAAAGAUGACUUCUUAUUUUAUUUACAUACAUUUAUUUGUAUUUAAGUUAGAUUUUUAGGUAAGGCUUUGAUUUUUUAACACAAAGGGCUUGCAUGUAUUAGAAUGCUUG